GAACCUAGAGAGAGAGGAAAACAAGAUCCGCAGAGGGGUGGUGUAAAUCUAGAGAGCGAAAGACAAUGGUUCAGAAGUCCAUGAUCUCUCUACACUGCUGCUCAAUCCCAGUCCUCAUCUCCUCACUCCUCCUCUCUCUCCUCUCUUUCUUUGUCUUCCACCUCUCCACCCUCAACACCCACCACUUUCUCUCUCUAACCCACUUCUCUCCUCUCUCUAACCCGAACCCCUCACCCCAACUCAAUGUCUUUGUUGCAGAGCUCCCCACCUCUCUCAACUAUGGUCUCCUAGGAGAAUACUGGUCUCUCCAUGAUACCAGGCUUGGCCAUGAAGCAGAUGCGGCUUUGAGAGCCUCUGGUUCUUCAAAAAUGGAGUUUCCACCAUAUCCAGAAAACCCAUUGAUAAAACAGUACAGUGCGGAGUAUUGGUUACUGGGUGAUCUCAUGACGCCUGAGAAAUUGAGGGGAAAUUCAGUGGCUAAGAGGGUGUACAGGGCUGAAGAUGCAGAUGUGAUUCUUGUGCCAUUUUUUGCGACUUUGAGUGCUGAGAUGCAAUUGAGUCAGGCUAAGGGGAAAUUUAGAGGGAAGAAAGAGAAUGAUGAUUAUUUGAGGCAGAGAGAGGUGAUGGACCUGGUCAUGGGGUCCGAAGCGUGGAAGAGAUCGGGUGGGCGAGAUCAUGUGUUUGUUUUGACAGACCCAGUUGCAAUGUGGCAUGUUAAAGAGGAAAUAGCUUCGGCAGUGCUGCUCGUCGUUGAUUUCGGUGGGUGGUAUAGGCAAGAUUCAAAGGCUUCCUCUGGUAACUCUUCAGGAAUGAUACACCAUACCCAAGUCUCGUUACUUAAGGAUGUGAUUGUGCCAUACACUCAUCUCCUCCCUAGACUUCACUUGUCAGAAGAUGCGGAGAGGCAUACACUUCUCUACUUCAAGGGAGCUAAACAUAGGCAUCGGGGUGGCCUUGUUCGCGAAAAAUUGUGGGAUUUGCUUGAGAAUGAGCCUGGUGUUGUUAUGGAGGAAGGCUUCCCUAAUGCCACAGGCAUGGAGCAAUCCAUAAGAGGGAUGCGGAGCUCCGAGUUUUGUUUGCACCCUGCUGGAGACACCCCAACUUCUUGCCGGCUUUUUGAUGCAAUUCAAAGCCUUUGUAUCCCUCUUAUUGUAAGUGACAAUAUAGAGCUCCCGUUCGAGGGUAUCAUUGACUAUUCUUCAUUUUCAGUAUUUGUCUCUGUUAGUAAAGCAAUGGAGCCAAAAUGGCUCUUGGGUCAUUUGAGAAGCUUCUUAAAAGAGCAGAGAGAUUCUUUUCGUAAGAAGCUUGCUCAAGUUCAGCCUAUUUUUGAGUUUGAUAAUGGCCAUCCUGGUGGUAUUGGGCCAAUAGCUACUGAUGGUGCAGUGAAUAACAUAUGGAGGAAGAUACAUGAGAAAGUGCCUAUGAUCAGGGAAGCCAUAGUAAGAGAAAAGAGGAAACCAGAAGGCACAUCCAUUCCGCUUCGUUGCCACUGUACAUGACAUUCAAUUGAAGUUUUGAUGCUUUUUUUUUUUUUGCUUAUUAAUGACCGAAAUUUGCAAUGUCUUUGAGUUGUGAAUCUUGUAGCCAUGGUUAGAGGAUGUAUAAUAGCUUCUGUUUGACCAUCCUAA